AUUGUUUACUGUCAUCCCAGAAGCACUCAAUCAUGUUCAGAAAGGAUCCAGAGAAAACUCAACUGGUCACCGAGAAAGGCACCAUGUAUAGCAUCACCAUGGGAAGGUAAAGUAGCCCGUUAAUGUAUUGCCUGAAAGUGUCAGUCUGUAGUUUUCAAUGAUGGCAUUUACAUUUAUGAUAUCUGAAAACAAAAUGACAUCGAAAUAUGACUGGAUAAGAACGUCUGCUAAAUGACGAAAAUGGAAAUGUAAACUGUAGCCUAAAUAUAAUUUGAUAGACAUAUAAGUAGGGGUUAUUUAUUUGAAUUUGUUUCUCCAUUUCCACAGCAACUUGAUGAGUUGUUGUGUUUUUUCACUUGACACAUAUGCACAUGAUUAGGACGAUAUGAUUUUUUGAUUAUGCUAAUGAAUGAUUAGGCCUAGUUCUCACAUUUCCUACACAGUCACAUUUAUUUUAGUGUGUUUAAUGUGAUAGUUUGUUUUAUAUUGUUUUAUAUACAGCAGACAGCCUUGUGUUCACCUUAUUAGGCGUUCUCUGUACUCAAGCUCAGCCUGGGCUCCUGCUAGGCUGGGUGGGUUAUAGCCUACAAUAUUGUACACACGGGUCUGGUUCUGGGCUGGCUGUAGUGUUGCGCAAACUUGGAGGUUCGAGACCACUUCUGAAACUUGUGACGUUGUAAAAUAUACUUUGGAAGAUGUCAUUGGUGUACGAGGAGGGUGUUGAGCGCCCAUGGUGAGUUUCGUUGACAUGUUAUUUUAAUUGGUAUUUUUUAUUUAUAGAAUAAAACUAACUUUUUUUUGAGAGUCUUAAAUAGCCUAAUACCCCCACUUCAGUCAUGUGUAAAAAACAAUUUUGCGCACGGGUUCUAAUUCUGGGUUUGCUAUUGCCCGGUAAUAAGGAUGAUAGGAGCUCAGCUGAGACAACUCACAUGUUUGGCACCCCAAACGUACUGUCAGUUCACGGUCCUUUUGCCUCCGAUGUUAAACUUAACUUAGACCAAAUUGUUAUGCUAAAGUGCGCGGUAUCUUUCCUUGUUUCAUAGCAUCCACACCAAAUGUGGUGUUAACGCUCUCCCGCAGUGUUGGGGAAGCUACUCUGAAAAUAUAGUUAACCAAUUACUUAACACUGGCAGAAGUUAAGCUACCCUUAAGAAAAAUAUAGUUUACUUAAAGGGGCAAUCAGCAGUUGCUACAUCCAUUUUUGGACUUAUAAAUUAAUGAUAUGUACCCAUUGAUUCUUGAAGAAUAUAACUUAUAAAUACCUAAUGAGCUCAGUUUAACUGUCAUACCCCAUCAGAACCCAACAUAUAAGCUUGUUUUACUCCAAUGUUAGUAAAUAAAGUAAAUUUAAGCAAACACUAUAUAGCCUCAAAACAUGGUUAAAACUAUAAUUUUGAUAUCAUUGAUGGUCAGUCCCUGCAUUCAUAGAUCUCUCUAUGAAUUUGAGAGUGGUUACAUUUGUCCAGCCCCAUCCCUCAGCUUUUUACCGAAACAGGGGCGGGUACCGAAACAGGGGCGGGGAGAAUGCUUUGUUAUUGUUUCUACUGCUGAUUGCACUUUAACUAACAUUAUUUUGAAAAAGUAGUUCACUACAUCCAAACUACUUUGUGAUAAAUUAUCAUAUCGAAAUCUGAAAUGUCAUAGACUACAAAUUGUAAGAACAGAUUUCUCUGGAGUCAGAUGUUAACAGAAUGUGUAAUUUGGCCUAUUAAACACAAACUAUGUUUCAAGAGAGAAUUAGGCAGGUCUGUUGCCAAAAAGGAAAGGAAAUUGCCUACUUCAACCAUAUUUUAGUGUGUAGUUCCAGCAGUUAGCUACAUGGCAAAAAAGUAAUUAAUUACCACCAACCUACAAAAGUAUUUAAAUUACUUGUUGAACUACAUGUAGCUCACUACUCCUCAACACUGCUUUCCCAUCACAUCCAUUAUCUGGUCCCUGGUUGGGGAUUUAAAGGAAGGGUAGCCCUGGAGCUACAAGGUUGAACAAACAGAGACACAUCAGUUAGUCAGUUAGCCUAACAGAUUAAACUGGUUCAGUGCAUGACCCCAAUGUACCAAUGUAUGACUCUCAUAAGGCCCAUAGCUAUGGAUAUAACCCAAAUAAUGUAAAUUAUCAACAUUGGAGCGAAUAAGGCCCCCUACCAACCUGGUUUUCUUGAGGAGUUUCCUUUCAUGUACAUUUACAUCAUUUAGCAGACGCUCUUAUCUAGAGCGACUUACAGUUAGUGAGUGCAUACAUUUUCAUACUGGCCCCCCGUGGGAAACGAACCCACAACCCUGGCGUUGCAAGCGCCAUGCUCUACCAACUGAGCUACAGGGGACAACCAGGCUCUGAAAUGUAGGUGGACUGUAUAUGCUGGUGACUGUAUUUGGGUAGUAUUCUCCCUGGGGUGUUGGAAAGAACACACUGUUGACAAGAUGGGGUCAACAGUUGACUUUAUGGCAGACACAGUAGCACUGGGAAUGCUAUGACUUGUAACCACAACAUACAACAUUGUUCCAGUUUUAUUGACGCUCACUCACUUAAAAAUGCUACAGACAGAAACAUAUUACUAAAACAUACAAUGUAAUUAACAUCACACAUGUAGAAUUUACAUUUUGAGAAAAAAACACCUAAACCUACACUGUUAAUGUACAGUCGUGGUCAAAGGUUUUGAGAAUGACACAAGUAUUGGUCUUCACAAAGUUUGCUGCUUCAAUGUUUUUAGAUAUUUUUGUCAGAUGUUACUAUGGUAUACUGAAGUAUAAUUACAAGCAUUCCAUAAGUGUCAAAGGCGUUUAUUGACAAUUACAUUAAGUUCAUGCAAAGAGUCAAUAUUUGCAGUGUUGAACCUUCUUUUUCAAGACCUCUGCAAUCCGCCCUGGCAUGCUGUCAAUUAACUUCUGGGCCACGUCCUGACUGAUGGCAGCCCAUUCUUGCAUAAUCAAUGCUUGGAGUUUGUCAGAAUUUGUGGGUUUUUGUUUGUCCACCCGCCUCUUGAGGAUUGACCACAAAUUCUCAAUGGGAUUAAGGUCUGGGGAGUUUCCUGGCCAUGGACCCAAAAUGUCGAUGUUUUGUUCCCCGAGCCACUUAGUUAUCACUUUUGCCUUAUGGCAUCAUGCUGGAAAAGGCAUUGUUCAUCACCAAACUGGAUGGUUGGGAGAAGUUGCUCUCGGAGGAUGUGUUGGUACCAUUCUUUAUUCAUGGCUGUGUUCUUAGGCAAAAUUGUGAGUGAGCCCACUCCCUUGGCUGAGAAGCAACCCCACACAUGAAUGGUCUCAGGAUUCAUCAGAGAAAAUGACUUUACCCCAGUCCUCAGCAGUCCAAUCCCUGUACCUUUUGCAGAAUAUCAAUCUGUCCCUGAUGUUUUUCCUGGAGAGAAGUGGCUUCUUUGCUGCCUUUCUUGACACAAGGCCAUCCUCCAAAAGUCUUCGCCUCACUGUGCAUGCAGAUGCACUCACACCUGCCUGCUGCCAUUCCUGAGCAAGCUCUGCACUGGUGGUGCCCCGAUCCCGCAGCUGAAUCAGCUUUAGGAGACGGUCCUGGCGCUUGCUGGACUUUCUUGGGCGCCCUGAAGCCUUCUUCACAACAAUUGAACCUCUCUCCUUCAAGUUCUCGAUGAUCCGAUAAAUGGUUGAUUUACGUGCAAUCUUACUAGCAGCAAUAUCCUUGCCUGUGAAGCUCUUUUUGUGCAAAGCAAUGAUGACGGCACGUGUUUCCUUGCAGGUAACCAUGGUUAACAGAGGAAUAACACUCUCACCUGUGUUAACGAGAGAUUUCAAGCACCACCCUCCUUUUAAAGCUUCCAGUCUGUUAUUCUAACUCAAUCAGUAUGACAGAGUGAUCUCCAGCCUUGUCCUCAUCAACACUCUCACCUGUGUUAACGAGAGAAUCACUGACAUGAUGUCAGCUGGUCCUUUUGUGGCAGGGCUGAAAUGCAGUGGAAAAGUUUUUUGGGGAUUGAGUUCAUUUUCAUGGCAAAGAGGGACUUUGCAAUGAAUUGCAAUUCAUCUGAUCACUCUUCAUAACAUUCUGGAGUAUAUGCAAAUUGCCAUCAUAAAAGCUGAAGCAAAAAUUAAUAUUUGUGUCAUUCUCAAAACGUUUGACCAUGACUGUACAAUGUGCACUGGCAUUUUUUUCUCUCUGCCCCAUGGCAUCAUGUGUAGAAUUUCAGGAAAUUAGCUUUAAAACAGCAACAUUUUCUCUCAGCCACAUACACACCUAAGGUGGGCACAACUCGAGAGGGCCAUCCUUUCUUACAAACUCUGCUCAGCCUCAGUUUUUCUCUCUUCUUUCCAUUAUCCCUCCUCCUCCUCCUAAUUCUUGGAUGAUUUUCAUGACAUCCCUCUCGCUUGUCUGGUCUUUUUGGGCACAACGAGAGAGAGAGAGAGAGAGAGAGAGAGAGAGAGAGAGAGAGAGAGAGAGACAUUCUUACAGGCUCUGCCUCAGUCUACUCUCUGCUUUCUGUCCCCCCUCCUCCUCCUUCUUGGACGAACUUCAUGAUGUCCAUCUCUCUUGUCUUCCCUCUCAGUCUCCUUUUCAACCCCCUCUCCUCCUCCUUUUUGGAUAAUCCAUGUCUGUUGUCUUCUCUCCCUGUCCCCCCCCCCCUCCCCUACAGUGUGUCCACAGAUGAGAUAAUGCAGAUGGAGAAGGACAGCAACAUCAAGCAUUGCCAUGACAACAGCCAGGCUACGGAGGACAGGGAGCGGGAGAAGCAGUUGGCCAGGAAGAGGCUCUACGUGGUCUCAGCUGUUUGCCUGGUCUUCAUGAUCGGAGAGAUCCUGGGUGAGGGGUCAAAUAGAUACAUAACUAUUGGUUAGCCUGUCAGUUAGUUAGUCAGUAAGUCUAUGUGUUUGUCAGUCAGUUGGCAGUCAGUUAGUUAGUUAGUUGUUAGUCACUCACUCACUCACUCCUCUCUCUCUCUUUCUCUCACUCCUCUCUCUCUCUUUAUCUGUCUGUAGGUGGUUACUUUGCGGGGAGUCUGGCGGUGAUGACCGACGCCGCCCACCUGCUGGUAGACUUCGCCAGCUUCAUCAUCAGCCUGGUGUCUCUGUGGCUCUCGUCCAGACCCGCCACACGCACACUCAGCUACGGCUGGCAUCGUGCAGGUGAGAUCAUCAUCAUCAUCAUUAUUGUAAUCAUUAUUGUCAUUAUUCCUCAACAUCAUCAUCACCUUCCUCAUGAUCAUCAUCAUCAUCAUAAUAUGCUCAUCCUCAUCAUCACUACCAUCUUCAUCAAUAAUCAAUACUUGAUGUAUCCCAAUAUCAUGAGCCAGCGAGUGUUGAAAGCUGCUAUAAGCCGUCAAUAGUAUACUUAAUGCGUGUGCUUUAUACUCUCACAUCCUUUCUGGAACAAAUAAGUAGAAGUGGAGUAAUUUAAUAUGUCUAUAGAAUAGCAUACCUAAUGGUUGUUUUAGCGUUGUGAUUGUGUAUCAUGGGCUUUACAAUAGGAGCCUGACAAUUCAUACUUUAAAAAAUCUCAUACAGUACCAGUCAAAGUUUGGACACACCUACUCAUUCCAGGGUUUUUCUUUAUUUUUACUAUUUUCUACAUUGUAGAAUAAUAGUGAAGACAUCAGAAGUAUGAAAUAACACAUAUGGAAUCAUGUAUAACCGAAAUAGUGUUAAACAAAUCAAAAUAUAUUUUAUAUUUGAGAUUCUUCAAAUAGCCACCCUUUUCCUUGAUGGCAGCUUUGCAUACUCUUGGCAUUCUCUCAACCAGCUUCAUGAGGUAGUCACCUGGAAUGCAUUUCAAUUAACAGGUGUGCCUUGUUAAAAGUUAAUUUGUGAAAUUUAUUUCCUUCUUAAUGCGUUUGAGCCAAUCAGUUGUGUUGUGACAAGGUAGGGGUGGUAUACAGAAGAUAGCCCUAUAUGGAAAAAGACCAAGUCCAUAUUAUGGCAAGAACAGCUCAAAUAAGCAAAGAGAAACGACAGUCCAUCAUUACUUUAAAACAUGAAGGUCAGUCAAUCCGCAAAAUUGUAAGAACUUUGCAAGUUUCUUAAAGUGCAGUCGCAAAAACCAUCAAGCGCUAUGAUGAAACUGGCUCUCAUGAGGACCGCCACAGGAAAGGAAGACCCAGAGUUACCUCUGCUAAAGAGGAUAAGUUCAUUAGAGUUACCAGCCUCAGAAAUUGCAGCCCAAAUAAAUGCUUCACAGAGUUCAAGUAACAGACACAUCUCAACAUCAACUGUUCAGAGGAGACUGCGUGAAUCAGGCCUUCAUGGUUGAAUUGCUGCAAAGAAACCACUACUAAAGGACACCAAUAGAAAGAAGAGACUUGCUUGGGACAAGAAACACGAGCAAUGGACAUUAGAUCAGUGGAAAUCUGUCCUUUGGUCUGAUGAGUCCAAAUUGGAGAUUCUUGGUUCCAACCGCCGUGUCUUUGUGGGACGCGGAGUAGGUGAACGGAUGAUUUCCGCAUGUGUGGUUCCCAUCGUGACACAUGGAGGAGGAGGUGUGAUGGUGUGGGGGUGCUUUGCUGGUGACACUGUUUAUGAUUUAUUUAGAAUUCAAGGCACACUUAACCAGCAUGGCUACCACAGUAUUCUGCAGAGAUACGCCAUCCCAUCUGGUUUGCGCUUAGUGGGACUAUCAUUUUGUUUUUCAACAGGACAAUGACCCAACACACCUCCAGGUGUGUAAGGGCUAUUUGACCAAGAAGGAGAGUGAUGGAGUGCUGCAUCAGAUGACCUGGCCUCCACAAUCACCUGACCUCAACCCAAUUAAGAUGGUUUGGGAUGAGUUGGACCGCAGUGUGAAGGAAAAGCAGCCAACAAGUGUGUGGGAACCCCUUCAAGACUGUUCUGUCAUCAAGGCAAAGGGUGGCUACUUUGAAGAAUCUAAAAUAUAACAUUUGUUUAACACUUUUUUGGUUACUACAUAAUUCCAAAUGUGUUAUUUAAUAGUUUUGAUGUCUUCACUAUUAUUCUACAAUGUAGAAAAUAGUAAAAAUUAAGAAAAACCCUUGAAUGAGUAGGUGUGUCCAAACUUUUGACUGGUACUGUACAUCAGAUGAAUAAAAAUAUCACCCUUUCAGGUGAAUAUUUGUGCAUAGUACAAUGGUCACUUUUCAACUGGAGUUUUGUAAAACUAGGCUACCUGUGUCUCUUAUUGGAGACCUUUCCUCUUGGUUCUCACUAUGUGGUACGUCUGGCACCACAUGGUUGUGCCGGGCACUGCUGGCAAUAUGAAAUGGCUAUACCUGCAGCUCUUUACUGUAACAUAUCUGUCCAUGACAUUUCUAUCAUUAUCGUCUCUGCAUUUUCCCUGAUUAAAACAUUAUGUGUUCUCUUUUUCUCCUCUCCUGUGUGUCCUCUCCAUCUAUCCUCUAGAGAUCCUGGGCGCUCUCCUCUCGGUGGUGACCAUCUGGCUGGUGACAGGUGUGCUGGUCUACCUGGCCGUGCAGCGCCUCAUAAGCGAUAAUUACGAGAUUGAGGGGACCAUCAUGCUCAUUACCUCAGGCUGCGCUGUGGUGGCAAACAUCAUGUGAGUCCACCGAUCCCAAAUGCAGCCCAUUAUCUUUCACCAUUCCUGAACUGAAAUGUUCGUAGAGAAAGUAUUGUGGAAAUGUUGAAUUCAAUUAAAUUCCAUUCAUGAAUUGACUUCUAAUUCAUCUUUGGAUGAAUGGUCUGCUGUUACCAUGACUAAUGUAGUGUUUACAAUUGACGACUACUGAUGACAGACAAGCUGAGAAACUGAAGUGGAUUGCCGUGGGUUUUAGUCCUUGUAAGUAGUAUUUCCGGGUCGUUAACGGUUCCCACUUAGGACUAGAUAUUAGUGACUCACAAGUGAAAAUCAAACCACAGUAGGUCACACUUUAUUUGGAUAGUCCGUAUUUUCAUACUAUCAACAAUCUAUCAGUUAAUAAGCAACUGCUUGCUAAGGUUACUGUUAGGGUUAGGUUUAGAAUAAUGGUUAGGGUAAGGGUUAAGGUUUGGGCUAGGGUAAGUGUUAGGAUAAGGGUUAAGGUUAGGGUUAGAGCUACGGUUAGGGUUAGUAGAUACAGUAGUUAGUUGAAAUGUUACUGAUAGUCUAGAUAGUCUGUAGAGCAUGUACAGAUGGACUAUCCAAAUAAAGUGUUACCCAACAGUAGCAAGUAGAUGUGACAGUAACAAGGAUAUACAAAUAUUGUAAUGUAAACAGCCUACAGAUAUCUUCCACAGCAUGAAGCAUCAAUGUUGCGGUAAUGCAUACAGGUAUAAUGCUUUAUAACUUGUUGUAAGCAUAUAUGAACAUUUAUAAUGGCGAAUAACAAGACUUUUAAUAUGUUAAUUAUUUCUGAAUGUCCUGUGGGCAGUAUGGCUUUCACCCUGCACCAGUCUGGGCAUGGGCACAGCCACGGGGGCCUCAGUAGCGGGCACGGCCACAGCCACGGCAACAACGACAAGGGCAACCACGGUCACAGCCACGCGGUGGGCGAUGGGCACGGGCACAGCCACAAAAGUAACCACUCGCACGGUAACGGUAACCAGGAAAACCAUUCCCAUGGAAACAGCAACGUGGAGGAGCACGGUGGGGUGGAAGUUCAGCUGCAUGAGUUGGCGGGGUCGCGACCUCAGGCCAAUGCCAGCGUGCGCGCCGCCUUCGUGCACGUUGUGGGAGACCUGCUCCAGAGCAUCAGCGUGCUGGUCAGCGCCAUCAUCAUCUUCUUCAAGGUCAGUGGUCAGACGUCAACUAGGGUGAUGUGGGCGAUAGUGGUCAUCUGGGGUGAUGUGGGCGAUAGUGGUCAUAUGGGAGGUAGUGGUCAACUGGGGUCAUGUGGUAGGUAGUGGUCAACUGGGGUGUUGGGGGAGAUAGUGGUCAACUGGGGUGAUGGUGGAGAUAGCGGUCAACUGGGGUGAUAUGGGAGGUAGCGGGAGGUAGUGGUCAACUGGGGUCAUGUGGGAGGUAGUGGUCAACUGGGGUGAUGUGGGAGGUAGCGGGCGGUAGUGGUUAACUGGGGUCAUGUUGGAGCAGUGGUGUUCGGUAACGUUUAAGAUGAGGGAGGACAAUAUUUUUUUUAAUGAGCAUGGCCUUAUUUCUAUUACAGCAUAUUGGAUGACUGUCAUUUAUAUUCCAUUCACCCAGCUCAAUGUAACAUCGAUAGGUUUAGGCUACUACAUGAUACUCUAAUUUUCCCUAUACCCCUCAUGAGGUUGCUACAACCUAGCCUAUGAAUGAAAGUUUACAACGUAGGUGCAAAGGUUGAGAGACAAAUUAAAGUAAUCAAGGUGACCGACAGUGACACAUUCAAUACCGUCUUGCACACUCUUGCCUGCAUCUAGCUGAUCUAGGGUGUAAUCAUUAGACCAACAGUUGCAAACGAGAGUUUCUAUUGGACAAAUUCAGGUAUGUUUUAUCCCCGUUCCAUUUGCUUCCAUUUUAAGAAAAGUUUUUCAACAGAAUCGGUGGAAUGAGUACACCCCUGAUCACACGCAAACACAGUUCACUUUCAUAGCAGCCACAUGCAAACAGCAUGAUCAUUUUGCUCGUUGUAUAAUUCCUUCUCGCAUCUAUGUGCUCUCCUCCUCUCACCUUUUCUCUUCAGUGGACAGCACAUCAGCUGUCUGUGACCAGGCUAAAAAAUAAAUCCAAGCCAAACCUUCAUAUCAUAACCCUUAACCGCUACACACAGCUUACUUCGUUGUCAACAUAUUAGCUAACAUCAUAGUCAACAUAGCUACUAGAACUAACACGUUAGCAAACCCGCUACAAUCAUGCUAGCUAGUACAGUCAGCAAGCAGUUUAGCAGUUGCACCGGUGGGCCACGGUGGCAAUAAAUUAAUAAAAGCAAAAGCUUACCUUGACUUGGAAGAGUUCCAGUGUUGGAUAGCCAGCUAGCUAACAUAGCAUCCCUCUCUGUUUGAGCCGGGUGUUUGAGUAGGCUAAACUAGCUAACUGCAUUCGCUAGCUAAAUGAAAGUGAAAAAACUACGAAAUAUCUCUCUCUCUCGCUCUCUCUCUCUCUCUUGCUUCUCCUUCAUUUUUAAAUAAAUACAUUUGUUCAUAACUGUUGCUCAAAACCUUUCAUGUAGUGCUAGCUAUCUGUAACUUAUCUUUUCAGUACAAUAUUAUUUCUCUGAUCCUUUGAUUGGGUGGACAACAUGUCAGUUCAGGCUGCAAGAGCUCUGAUAGGUUGGAGGCUGUCUUCCGGAAGUUGUCAGAGUGACUGUGUAGGUCUAUGGAAGGCGGUGAGAUUCAUGAGCAUCCUAGGUUUUGUAUUGAAGUCAGUGUACCCAGAAGAGGACGGAAACUAGCUGUCCUCUGGCUACACCAUGGCGCUACCCUACAGAGUGCUGUUGAGGCUACUGUAGACCUUCAUUGCAAAACGUGAAUAUAUUUAGUAUGUUUAUUUAUUUUUAUGAAAUUCACGUAGGAGGAUGGCCCUACCGUUCGUCCUCUGUGUAGCCUCCACUUUGUGGGAGAUAGUGGUCAACUGGGGUGAUGGGGGAGAUAGUGGUCAACUGGGGUGGAGAGGGCGAUGGGGUGAGGAGAUUAGGGCCGAGGCAAAAUGGGCAUGUUAGAUAAGGAUGAGGCGGAUGUUAGUGUUGACACACUCUUCCUGGCUUUCGUAAGGUCAUUUUGAUCUGGUCAUUUAGAUAGCUGAAUACUCAUUGCAUUAGAAUGAAACACAGUAGUGGCCCAAAUAGUGCCCUGACAAUAUUAGGUCAUUAGUCUAAUUUCAUAGAUUAAGUUGAGAGUCCUUUUGAAUUUGCAUAAAUACUAUUGAAAACUCUCAGCAAAACACAAUGAUAUUUAAAUCAUUGAAAGAAUCAAGCAGUAAUUGAUGGAAGAUGGAUAUACUACUACUAUUUCUAGUUAGCUACGAUUUAUUAUAAAUUGUUCUCAAAGGUAACUCCAAUACUAGAGCAUGGUGUAUUUGUUUUACUGAUAUUGCUAUGAGGCAAUUCUCAAUAACAUUAUCCCUUUUAUGAUGCUGUACAAGCACAAACUUUUACGUGUUUCUAAUGUGAGAUAGGGACGUCAUAGAUUUCCUCAAGUAUGUCUUUUGACUAAAGUUAAAUAUAUUGGGGGGAAAGAUAAUGUAAUGAUUAUGGUCCUUACUCUCUCUUUCUCUGUUUCCCACAGCCCGAGUAUAAGAUAGCUGACCCUAUCUGUACGUUCCUGUUUUCAAUAUUUGUCCUGGGAACCACCAUCACCAUUAUGAGAGACAUCCUGAUAGUCCUCAUGGAAGGUAAAACAGGGAAUUCCCUCUAAUAUCCCUGUUUCGGGAUUAUGUCAAACUGGCCGUUUCACUGUAGACUAGGAAUGACUUAUAUUGACGACAGCCAUGAGGAUAUGUUUUUGCGCAAGAGUUUAUGAUUGUAACAUGUCUAAAAGGGACCUAAGUUGCCCAACUUUUGUUCCCAGUCCCUCCUCUGUGUUUGUGUGUGCGUGUAAUGAAAUCCAUAUCUCUCUCGCUCUCUCUCUUUCCCUCCCUCCCUAUCUCUUCCCAGGUACCCCAGCUGGAGUGAAGCACGGUGAGGUGAGGAAUCGGCUGCUGGCAGUGAAGGGGGUAAAGUCUGUCCAUAGCCUCCAUAUCUGGGCCCUGACUAUGAACCAGACUGUGCUGUCAGCACACGUGGCUAUAGGUGAGUGUAGCUGGACCAGGCUGUCAGUAAUCUACUGUUAUGUUACAACUCCCAUAUAUAAUGAUGAUGAUGAUGGCUUUAUUGUAUCCAUGACCAUUUAUUUGGUUUGUCAUACAUCAGAGUACGACACUUUCUGUGGAAAUACCACUGCCGUUUCCACUAUCUGUGUGCACUGCAUGUGACUUGACUUGAUCAGACCAUAGUGACUUGCACAAUUGUGAUUUGGUCAGUGUCAUCAUACUUGCAUUUGUCUUUCCCUCCACAGAUGACUUAGUGGAUGCCCAGCCAGUCCUAAGGGAGUUGACCCAAACCUGCUUCUCCAACUACAACUUCCAUUCAGUCACCAUACAGCUGGAACAACAGGCCGACCAGAAGCCUGGGUGUAGCCUGUGUGAAGAGCCCAAAAUGUAG